AAGCUGAGCUUUCCAUCAUGGCCUGGACCCUCUUCUUCUUCACCUUCCUUGCUUGUUAUGCUGGGUCCAAUUCGCAAUACACCUUGACUCAGCCUUCUACAGAGUCAGCCUCUUUAGGACAAUCCAUAAAACUGUCUUGUACCAUGAGCCAAGAUAGCAACGUGAACAGUUAUACCAUAUCUUGGUACCAACAGAGAGCAGAAGAAGCCCCUCGGCUUGUGCUGUACGGCACCAGCAGCAGAGGUGAAGGAAUCCCAGACCGGUUCACUGGCUCUAAGGAUUCCUCUGCAAAUGCUGCUUAUUUGACCAUCACAGGGAUCCAGGCAGAAGACGAGGCUGUUUAUUUCUGUGCUGGUGCUUAUAGUGGCAGCAGCUGGAGGUAUAUCUUCGGCGGCGGGACCCAGCUUUCAGUCCUAGGUCAGCCAGCAUCGCGUCCCACAAUGAACGUCUUCCCUCCAUCGCAAGAAGAGUUGCGAACUACAGACAAGGCCACCUUGGCAUGUUUGGUGAGUGACUUCAUGCCAGGUGCAGCCCAAGUCAUCUGGCUGGCUGAUGGCUCCCCGAUCUCUAGUGGUGUGGAGACGACCAAGCCGACAAAGCACAACGAUAAGUACAUGCUCAGCAGUUACCUGACCAUGCCCUCUUCAGAAUGGGAGAAGCAUAAUGAGUACACCUGCAAGGUGACACACGAAGGGUCCGAGUACCGGAAGACGGUGAACCGUUCGCAGUGAUAAGAACUCUGCUGCAUGCAGGGCUUUGCUGCAUCCUGAUCUCUGUUGCAGAAGGAGAGAAAUGUCACAUGUUCUCUCCCCCUCCCGCCCUCCCCAGUUUUCCUUCUCUCCCCACAAUUUUCAAAAACUUUCCCCUUUCCCUUUCCCCCCAGCUUCAUAGACAUCCUUGUUAGUUCUAAUGAAUAAUAAAAGCAGACUCGUGCAAUUUUGCUGUCUCUGUAUAGAUUCUCUCCAGUGGCAAUUUAAAAAAUGAUUGUGAGAUGACAUCUGUCAGUCAAUAAAACAAGACAGUGCUUUAUCAUGUC